CUCCUCAUCUCUUUCACUCAUUUGUAUUUUGUAUGCUUGUCGGUGCACCGAGUUUAACCAUAUUCUCACUCACACGCACGCAUGCACUCUGAUCCACCAAAUUUCUGCAUGAAUUCCUUUUCUCUCUAACUUAAAACCCACUGAAGACCAAACCCUUUUAAGCUUCUAGCUAUAUAUAGCUCCUCCCCAGAAAAUAUUUGCCAUCCAAUAUAUAUAUAGAGAGAGAGAGACAGAGAGAGGGAAAAAGCAAGAAAAAUGAGUAGUUUUGAUUCUCAGAGACAAGACUCUUUGAAAAGGAGAUGGGCGCAAGAAAGGAGAAUUGUCGGUGGUGCAGCUCCAACUUCUUCCCGACCACCUUUCGAGGGAAACCCUAAAAACAAUCUUCAGGGGUUCCCUGAGCUAGAUGAUGAUCUGGUUUCCACGGUGGUUCCACCGGUGACAAUCGUGCUGGAAGGCCGUUCGAUCUGCCAGCGCAUCAGCCUUCAUAAGCAUGGAAGCUACCAUAGCCUAGCAAAGGCCCUGAGACAGAUGUUUGUGGACGGCGGCGACACUGGAUUCACUUCGGAGAAUGAUCUUGACCUCUCUAAUGCUGUUCCCGGUCAUCUCAUUGCUUAUGAAGACAUCGAAAAUGAUCUUCUUCUCGCCAGCGACCUUAAUUGGAAAGAUUUUGUGCGCGUGGCAAAGAGAAUUCGGAUACUGCCAAUAAAGUCAAAUGCAAGGAAGGAAAGAGGAGGGAUAUAGCUUGCCGCCUUGCUUGUAUUAUGCAUUAGCUAGGUUGGCUUAUUAUGCAUUCUUUCAAAGGUUUAGAUUUAAUUUUUUUUUAAAAAAAAUUAAAUUUAAAUCGUUGAAAAGACGUACACUGCUCUUAAGCCGAAUUCAUGUGUAUUGCAGGUGGCCGGUGUUGGGAAGGAUCGAGGUGAAGGAAGUUACAUAGAUAAAAAACCAAAUGGGAACAUUUUAUGUAACUUGUAGUCGUUGGAAGCAUAUGUGCUUUUUCUAAUGUAAAUUAAGCUCUUUAUUUCCUUAAAUGAAAAGAAGUAUUUAAUCUUCUAUGA